AAUAAAAAGGCCCGGGCCGGCUGCGAGCGAGCCAACCCGCCUCUCAGAAUCUUCUUCCACUGCGCAGCUCAUCAGCUCGGCCGAAUCCCAAUCCUUCCUCUCCAUCCCAGCACAGCAGCACUCCACCACGGCACCACCAGCAUGAUCUCCCCGCGCCCCACACUCUCCUCCGGCUUCUCUGCCUUCCGCCCUGGCACGUCAUCCUCCCCGGCCGCGUCGCCGCCCCCGUCCCCGCGCCUCCACGCCCCGCCGCCGCUCUCCGCCUCCUUCUCCUCCUCCUCAUCCACCGUCGCCGCCGCGGCGGCCGACCACGCGGCCAACUCCUUCUACGACGUCCUCGGACUCCGCCCGGGAGCCAGCGCGCGGGAGAUCAAGGCCGCGUACCGCCGCCUGGCCCUCGCCGUCCACCCUGACGCCGCCCCGCACCCCGCCUCCGCCGAGGACUUCAUCCGUGUCCACGCCGCCUACUCCACGCUCUCCGACCCCGACAAGCGUGCCGACUACGACCGCCGCCGCCUCCUCUCCGCCGCUGCCGGCCGCCGCCGCGCGACGCUCGGCCGCUCGCCCUCGUUCCCGGCGCACCACCGCCGGACCUGGGAGACGGACCAGUGCUGGUGACCACCCAUGACGUGAUAGCGCGCUUCUUCGCUGCGGAAUCUCCGACGUGUGCGCGCGUGGAGCGGCCCCUCGCUGUCUCCGGGGGCCACGGAACCUUCCCAAUUGGCUGGAAAAACAAAGAUCACCGCGGCCACUGGGCUCACUUGUGGCCGGGUGGAAACGCAUAGUCCUGCACGCCUCGCUGCGACCUGUAAAAAAGUUAAGAUCGUAUGAUGUGUGACGUCCUUUGUUUGGAUUAUGGAUGUGUAUGUAUGACUUAGCGUGGUGAUGUGAUGUGAUAGGAGGAUAUGUUAACUUAAUACUGCUGGAUCACUGGAGAUAUGCCUGAUGGCCACACUGAUAAUGUAGUCGAGGUUUGAGAAGAAA